AUGAAGAUAGCCUUGGUAAACCUCCUCGCCUAUGGCGCUGCUCUUGUCGGCGCCGUAGCUUUGAUCCACCCACACCGAAACGUUCUCGAGGCUCCACCCCCGGGCUUCAGCUACAAGCUGCCCAAGGCUUUCCAUCCCGGCAGUGCCUUCAGAGCGUCCCAGGCCAGCGACAAUGUCCAGCGGCUUCGCGGAGUCCGCGGUACCAAGACCAACGUCAAGUCUGUGGCUGCCGUUCUAGGCGCCCACCAACGUCAGGUCGGCGGCUUCGGAUACGAAAACAUCACGACAACCACGGCGUAUGGCACUCAGUACGCUACCGAGGCUGUCUGGGACGGGAUUCACACGUGGUUGCUCUUGGACACGGGCAGCUCGGAUACGUGGGCUGUGGGGAGCAACUUCACCUGUGUUGACUACGCUGGAGAGUUCCUUCCCCAAGGCGCCUGUGGUUUUGGCCCGCCUGGGCCGGAAAAGUUUGCCUAUGGCUACACGCAGCCCGAGCAGCACAUGUUCAUCCAGUACGGCGAUGGAGAAAUCGUCAGCGGACCCAUGGGAUUUUCCGACAUUGCCUUUGGAAACAUCACAGUUCGGCAGCAGGAAGUGUGUCUGGCUAACACGACGUUCUGGUACGGCAACAAUCUCACAAGCGGGCUCAUGGGUCUUGGCUUUCCGUCUCUCACCAACGCCUACCUCGGCUCGAGUGACGACCAUGAUCCAGACAAUCAGAUUGAGUAUUCGCCCGUGUUCACCAGCAUGGUCAGCCAGGGUCAGGUCCCGCCAGUCUUUAGCAUUGCCAUUGACCGCAACUCAUCGAGCGGCAUUCUCGCCUGGGGUGGCAUUGCACCAGCUGUUGGCGCGGACUUUAGCCAGAUUGCCUCGCUGGACCUGAUCAUUACCAACCUGAUCGAACUUCCCGUCACUGCCUACGAGUACUCGUUUUACACCGUCAUCCCAGACGGCUGGCUGUUUGACCAGAACACGAACACGAAGAAGUACCCAUAUAUUGUCGACAGCGGGACGACCCUUUGCUAUUUGCCUCCCCCUCUCGCCGAGGCCAUCAACCUUGCAUUCCAGCCUUCCGCCGUCUACUUGUGGAUGUACGGUGCCUAUUUCACAUCAUGCAAUGCUGUUCCUCCCACCAUUUCGGUCAAGCUGGGUGGAAUCGACUUCUGGCUCAACCCCGUCGACCUUAUUUAUCGCAACAUGGUGGAUCCCCUAACUGGCCUCUGCAUGACGGCAAUCGCAAGCGGGGGUAGUGGCCCGUACAUUCUGGGCGACGCCUUCAUGCAGAAUGCCGUGGUUGUUUUUGAUGUCGGAGAAGCCAAGAUGAGGUUUAUUCCCCGUCCUUUCUACUGA